AUGGGAACAUCCAAACCUUCUCGCGCGACAAAGCGCGUCCCUUCACCACCACCUUUACCCCCAAAAACAUUCAUCAUCGACAAUGGCGCCUAUACCAUGAAAGCUGGAACGCGUGACAAGCGGGUCUACAUCGGUGCUCAGCUCUCAACGCACAUCUCGGACUGGAACGAGGUUGCAUUUCGCCGGCCUGUUGAGAAAGGCUACGUGGUGAGUUGGGAAGCAGAGAAGGAAAUCUGGGACCAUGCUUUUUUUGACGAGGGGACAGCGCGGAAACCGGAGGUGCGAUGUGCGGAUCCGGAAAAUACGACAUUGAUUUAUACGGAGGCUCCAAAUGCAAUGGCCGCAUUGCAGAAGAAUGCGGAUGAGAUCAUCAUGGAGGAGUGGGGUUUUGGGGGGUAUUUUAGAUGCGUUGGACCAACACUUAAUGCUUGGAAUGAAGUUCAUGCUCUUUUCGGCGAUCCGAUGGGUUCGGACCCAAACUCCACCAUCUCCCCUAUCGAGUGCCUUCUUGUUAUUGAUUCCGGAUAUUCACACACGACUGUUACACCUGUCUACAAAGGAAGGCCACUGCAGCGAGGCAUCAGGCGACUGGAGAUUGGCGGGAAAUAUCUUACGAAUUUCCUUAAGGAACUUGUGUCGGUUCGACAGUACAACAUGCUCGAUGAAACACACAUAAUAAAUGAAGUCAAAGAAGCUGCAUGUUUUGUUAGUGACGAUUUCUCCGCAGACAUGGAGCGAAUCUGGAGAGAGAAUCGAAAGCGAAAGUCUGAUGAUGAUUGUGCGGCAGAAGGGAUCGUCGUGGACUACGUUCUUCCGGACCCAAACGCCCACAAAAAGGGUUUUAUACGCCCGCACGAGAGCCUUACAGCUGCACAGAGAAAGAAAGAACUUCUCUCCGGCACCAUUCCGGGUACAAUGGCGGAAGAUGUCUUGGUGCUUGGAAACGAACGGUUCACUGUCCCCGAAAUACUAUUCAAUCCAGGAGACAUCGGGAUGAAACAGCUUGGCCUUCCUGAGAUGGUAAUGCAGUCAUUGUCCGUGUUACCAACCGGCUUACAUCCUGCAUUCUUGGCAAAUAUCAUGGUAGUUGGGGGCAAUUCAUUAAUUCCGGGCUUUAUGGAGCGGCUAGAAACUGAGCUCCGGAGACUUGCCUCAGCCGAGUGUGUUGUGCGCGUCAAGCGGCCAGAUGAAGGAUGGCCACCUAUUCAAUUUCUUUUACUAACAUACGAUGGUAAUUCUAGUCCUAUACGUUCCACGUGGCUGGGAGGUUCAAGGUUUGCAAACAACAAGGAGACGCUGAAAGGGGUUGCAAUCACCCGCCAACAGUAUCAUGAAUAUGGCUCUGCCUGGGUGGGGAGGAGGUUUAGUAAGGCCUAA